GUGGUGACCCCGGGGGUGCCAGCCCCACGCCGUGCCCCACGGAAGGGCUUCCCACCCCAGGGAUGAGCGGCGGAGCCUCCGCGUGGCCCCGUGCCAUUCCCUGCGGUCCCUCUUGCCACACACAGCACCGCGGCCACCACCGGCCACCGCCAACCGGGUUGUCCCCACUGUGGCACUGAGCCAGCACGUGCCUCAGUUUCCCCACACGAGACUCUGUGGCAGGACCACAGGGCUGGGGGAUCCCGGCACGAGUCGGCAGCCCCACGCCGUGGCAGUGCCACCCCCUCCGGGGCAGGACGGCCUCGCCACAGAGCCGUCAUGCCAGGGGGUGGCUCUGGGGUGGCCAGAGCCCAUCCCAGCCCCGCCGUCGGCACGCAAGCCGGAAAACAUCUUUCACAGACGUCGCAGGGAGCAGCUGCCUGAGCGUCCCGGGGCAGGGCAGGAGGGAGCGGAGAGUGAACCGGGGCUGCUGAACCAGUGCUUGGGGGCACUGGGCAGGCUCCUGGCAGCAAAUCGUCCCGACGCUGAGAGGCACUGAGCGGGUGAAGAUGCCGAGUGGGAACGUGUUGGUGUUGGUGUUGGCACUGGUGCUGUGCCUGCCCCUGCCGGGUGACGGGCAGAAUCACUGGGAGGAGGCUGAGCGCAUCAUGGCCACCACGCCAGUCAUCGAUGGGCACAAUGACCUGCCCUGGCAGCUCCUCAAGAGGUUCAACAACCAGCUGAGGCUGCCGGAGGCCAACCUGACCCUGCUGGACGGCACCCACACCAACAUCCCCAAGCUGCGCCGCGGGCACGUGGGCGGGCAGUUCUGGUCGGUGUACGUGCCCUGCGAGACGCAGAACAAGGACGCGGUGAGGCGCACGCUGGAGCAGAUCGACGUGGUGCAGCGCAUGUGCCAGCUCUACCCCGAGACCUUCGCCUGCGUCGUCGACAGCGUCGGCAUCCGCCAGGCUUUCCAGAGCAAGAAGGUGGCCAGCCUCAUCGGGGUGGAGGGCGGGCACUCCAUCGACAGCAGCCUGGGCGUCCUGCGCACCUUCUACCGCCUGGGCGUGCGCUACAUGACCCUCACCCACAGCUGCAACACCCCCUGGGCUGACAACUGGCUGGUGGACACUGGGGAAGAGCCAGUCCUGCACCACGGCCUCUCGCCCUUUGGGAAGACGGUGCUGGAGGAGAUGAACCGCCUGGGUAUGAUCGUGGACCUGGCCCAUGUCUCAGUGCAGACCAUGAAGAUGGUGCUGACCCUCUCCAAAGCCCCCGUCAUCUUCAGCCACUCAUCUGCCUACAGCCUCUGCCCGCACCGCCGCAACGUGCCCGACGACGUGCUGGGGAUGGUGGCCUCCACAGGCAGCCUGGUCAUGGUCAACUUCUACAACGCCUACGUGACGUGUGGGGACACAGCCACACUGGCUGACGUAGCAGACCACAUGGACCACGUGAAGAAGGUGGCUGGUGCCCAGUCUGUUGGCUUUGGUGGGGACUACGAUGGGGUCACAGGGCUCCCCACCGGCCUGGAGGACGUCUCCACCUACCCUGCACUGGUGGCUGAGCUGCUGGCGAGGAACUGGACAGAGGCAGAGGUGAAGUUGGCCCUGGCUGAAAACCUGCUCCGUGUCUUUGAGAAGGUGGAGGAGACCAAGGAGGCCCUGCAAGGCACAGCAGCCCAGGAGACACCCAUUGCCUUCGAGGAGCUGGAGGGGACGUGCAGGACCCGCUACGGCUACCCCAACAGCGCCAGCACCGCCCGGCUCCCAGCGCUGGCCCUGGCGCUGCCCCUGCUCCCUGCCCUGCUCCCUGCCCUGCUCUCCUAGCACCGUUCCCCGUGCAGCCCCGUUCCCAGCCCGGUGGGAUGCUGGUGGCCAAGCCAGUGGCUGCGGGGCUGGGCCCACCCUGCCCACCCCCUCCCAACCAAAUAAA